AGCGGACGCGUUUGUCCAAAGCGACGUACAAGGGAGAGAACAGUCAAGCUACGAGCAAUAGAAACCUAGUGUAACGAUAAAUACUAUUUUGCAUAAGAAAUAGAAAAAAGAAGUGCAGGAAUGUAACUGCUGUCAGUGCAAAUUAAGUAGGCUAGCCUACUAGUCGAAGUGCAAGUUAGGAAGGCCCAGCCCAGUACACGGUCAGAUUGUGAGGAAACCAACCGAACCAGUAAAACCUCUACAGAGAGGAGUAUGGAGAAUGAUGAAUUUCCGUCAGCGGAUGGGCUGGAUCGGAGUGGGACUCUACCUGCUGACCAGCGUGGCUGCUGUGUAUUAUGUGUUUGAGAUCAACCAGACUUACAAUCGCUUCACCCUGGCUCUAGUAGAGAAGACACAAGUGGUUCAAACCCCUCAGCCAGAGGACUCUGCCAGGGUUGCUUCUCCAGGGCCCCCCUUUUCCUCAGUCCCAUGGCUCCAGAGUUUGAAGACCCGUCUGCUGCUUCUGCCGUUCUGGGUGUGGGCUGGCCUCUUCCUCUUACCCUACCUCCAGGUGUUCCUUUUCCUGUAUUCCUGCACCCGAGCCGACCCCAAGACCAUGGGCUAUUGCAUUUUGCCCAUCUGCAUUGCUGUGCUGUGCAAUCGUCACCAGACUUUCACCAAGGCGUCCAAUCAGAUCAGCAGGCUGCAGCUGAUUGACACCUGAGAGGAUCAGUGAUGACACAAUGGGGGGCAAAUCAUGACACUGAAACACUUGUUGGUCGUGAAAUUGGACAGGUAGAUGUGUAGCCAGUGCAUCUCAGCAAGCUCCUUUGCAAUGAAGCACAUUUUGUAGGGGUUCAGUUUAACACUCCUUGUGUACUGGUUUAGUGUUUUGGGGAAACGAUUUGUGUGGUGGGGUUGUUGUUUUUUUAUGUUGGUGUCAGGAUCUCUAAACACUGUCAAGAGGUUUCACAUUUUUGUAUGUUUCUGAUUCAAAUUCCGACAAAAGACUGCACCAAACUGGAUCGUUUGUUAUUCUUUGUCUGGUGUCAGUAGAACAAAACUAUGGCUGUUUUUCACUUUAGAACAUGGACCUCUUCCAGUUUUUUCCAGAAGUCUUUUUUUUUUUUUUAAAUGAAAUAUGUCUUUAUGAAAAGUCUGGCAUACAGUUUGAUCUGGUACAUCUGAUUUAAGGUACAGAAUGACAUAUUUAUAUGAUUGAUUGCAACAAAACAACUUUUAAGUAAAGUAAGGGUGUUUUGCUAGUGCAUUUUUCAAGAUUAAGUUCUUUGUGUGACACUGAUAGAAUUGUUCCACCCAUUUGAAUGUUUUCAUCAGAUUUUAUUUUUCAGGCGGCUUGGUCUACAGUACAAGCAUAUAUCUUUAGUGGUGAAAGCCAGAUUGGGAGUUAAAAGCGUUCAGUUCCUUUUGAGAUGUUCAGUAUUAUGUGUUAUUCUUCAGGGGUGGUCCUGCAGUGAAAUAGUGAACACAGUGGUAAUGAUCAGUUUUCAUACCAGCGAAACUGGUGUCAACAGUUUCAUUCCAGUCAGUAUCAGUUACUUUCAGUAAUUCAUUUUACUGGCUGUUUUUCGCACAUUAAAUUAUAUGCCAUCUGUGCCAUUUUAAAAAGAUAUUUAAGAGGUUUUCUAUUUUAUUUGAAUUAUUUUAGUGUCUAAUUUAGGACUCUCAGUCCACAGGUAUCAGUGAUGCAUCAAAAUGUGUGAUGUAUAAAAAAAACCUAUACCUUUUCCAGUACGUCUUAAAAUCUGUCGUUUUCUCAACUGGAUGUUUUUGAGAAGCUUCUGGUUGAUUGAAUGAUUUCAAUGCGUAAUUUUAGAAUCUUUUCCUUGAGAUGUGAAUGGAAAGUACACCCAGCGGGAAAGAAUACUCAUGUUAACCAAUCCUAUGUGAAAAGGGACUCUUGUUUUUUUCUGUUUUAUACAUGGAUCUCCUAUGAAAUGAAAGCCAAAGGCAGGGUUCUAUGGAGCAAAUGAGGAAUUUGUUGGAAAUAUUAAGUGUCUAGCAGUGAAGCCAGUGGCCACUUUUGAAGUCAGAAUUGUAACACUUUCAUUGGGGAACAGAGAACAAAAUUCUGAUUUUAACACCCUUUCACUUACGCAGCAACAUCUGUCAUUUGGAAUUUUGUCUAGUUGAUGACCACUUACAUUUGAUUGAAACACGCAUGGAUUAUUACAAAAACCGAAAGCCACUUGGAGUGUAUUGUCUGUAGUUUUUUUUAACACUGGGUUUUCAAAAUCGUUGCCAUCUUGAGCCAGUUUAUCUGUUCAGAUCGCUGUGAGCCUUUGCCCACAAGAAAACAUUGUGGUCAAAAACAAAACUGAACAAUGUUAAGAUCAACAGAAUGAGUGUUUUUAUAAAAAAAAGAAAAAAAAGGCCUUCUGUGACAUUUCCUUUCUGUUGCUCAAAAUGGCUGUUUAGGUGUGCUGCUGGAAGCUUCAUGGGCAUCAUCAGCUGACAAUGUACCUGUUUCUCUGUGCAACUUUGGGAGAUGGGUUAAUAGUUAUGCCAUGUCAGAUGUGACCACAGAAUGCAGUAGCACAGGUCUACUUUUGUUGAUGCCAAAGACCCUCUCUCAAUUUCGGAACAUAGGAAAUAUCUAAAGCUUGCCCAAAAAGACACUACCUGUCACCAGUAGGAUGACAAUGUUGUCUUGUCUUUCUGAGGAUCUCAUUGGUCACAAAAUGAUUUAAAAACAAAGU